GAGGCGUUGUCAGCUGCACAGUUUCAGACAUAUGCAGGCUGUGUAGAAUCAGAAAGGGUGGAGUCAGCACCCCGAUUGGCCGGAGGGGGAAGAGAUCCGGACCCUGGGGACUGACACCACGCCCGUGUGUGUGUGUGUGAGUGGGUGGUGUGUGUGUGUGUGUGUGUGUUUCAGCAUACGCUCUGUUGUGUUUCUUCUUCUUCUUCCCAUUCUUCCUCUUCGCCUCAUAACUGGGUUUUCUUUCUGCUCAGGUUGAAAUGACAGCACCCACCUGGUCUACUGGUGCGACUCCUGCCCAUGCUGCUCUAUCUACAGCAGCCCAAACCGGGGCUACUCUGUCUGAGGUUUUGACCGAGAUGGUGACGACGAAAGGUAUGGACAUUUCCAUGACUCCUGCCCCUGACGCUAUGUCUCUACCUCCAACAAUUGAAGCCUGGACUCGUCUUCCUCCUUCUCUUGUGACAGAGGCAGUGACGAAGGCCGAAACCGGGGCUACUCUGUCUGAGGUUUGGACCAAGAUGGUGACGACAGGUAUGGGCAUUCACACGACUGCUGCCCCUCCCCCUACGUCUCUACCUCCAGCAACUGAAGCCUGGACUCGUCUUCCUCUUCCUCUUGUGACAGAGGCAGUGACGAAGGCAGCCGAAACCGGGGCUACUCUGUCUGAGGUUUGGACCGAGAUGGUGACGGAAGGUAUGGGCAUUCCCACCACUCCUGCCCCUGCCCCUGCGGCUCUACCUCCAGCAACUGAAGUCUGGACUCGUCUUCCUCUUGUGACAGAGGCAGUGACGAAGGGCAUCGCCCUGGACGAUGGAGCUUUUGCAGCCCUGAUCGGAGGGAUCGUCUGCAUCGCGCUGCUGCUGGUCAUCUGCAUCAUAGUGUUGUUGCUGUGGCAUUUGUCCAGACAUAAAGGCUCGUACGUCACCAACGAGAUGGACGACGACGAGAUGGACGACGAGGAGUCCGUCGGUUCCGAUACGGCGCUCCAAAGCCGGGAACCUCUGGAGACCAAAGAGGACGCCUGAAGACUACAACGGAAACAUACACAGAGAACACUUUGAAAACACAGACUUGAGUUGAGUUGGCGAGGACUCAAGAGCUUUUGUUACACCGAGGAGACGCGUUUUUCACAAAAAGUAGCCAAUUUCCAAAAGCAACUUUGGACAUUUGCUGCCACCGAAAGGCCGCAAGACGAACUUCACUUCCCGGCCGUUUUAGUUCAGUGACAUUAUUGGAUGAAACUCAUCGAUUGAUGAAUAAAUGACGUGAAAGGCUGCUGCACCGGUUGCAUUGUGACCCUAACGCAAGAUUGACAACGUUUAUUUGUAAUUUGUUUCAAAACGCAAAAAAAAAAAUCUAAUGUUUUAUUUAGCAUAAUUACUUUGUAAUCCUAUGUAAUCUAUCCUAUCCAAUAUUUCCUAUAUUGUGCCACGCCACUUUAAAACAAUCCUGGAAUCGCCCCUGAGAAUAACUAACAGUAAUUUAAGUGGCAUUUCCUGUUGAGGGCAGAUCUUUUGCCUCACAUUAUUCCGAAGGCGUACUAUCUUGCCCCGCUUCCGUCCUGAAUCUGGUCCUGUUAAAAAGUAAAAGACUGGACAAAAUCUUUUGACACCAGAACUGCCAGAUGCUGGUCAACAUUAACUGGCUGCUGGUUGCUUUCCACCCUGGUUGUUGUAAUAUUUUUAGGGACUUAAUUAAGAUGGUCCGAUUCCAUUUUUUCCUUCCCGAUACCGUUUCCAAUACCUGAACUUGCUGUCGGCCGUUACCGAUUUGAUACCAGUGUGUCAUAUAUUUUAUUAUGUUUUAACAGCUGUGUACUACUAUCCCUGUAUGGAUGUGAUAUGAUUUCUAUCUUUGUUAAACUCUUUGUGAAACAUGAACAACCCCAAACAAUGAAUGCCACAGAACUUUCUUUUAUUAUCUAGUUUGACAGUCAGUCAUAAUGGAAAAAAAAACAUACAUAAACUACUUUAAAAGUAGAUUUUCCUCCGAGCUAAGUUACAUUGUAUGGGAUCGCUGCAUAAACUCUAGUACUCUCUGAUACCCAUACCAGCAUUUUAGGCCGUAUCGGUGACUCUUCCAACACUGGUAUCGGUAUCGGAACAUUUCUAACUCGGACUAACAUAACACACUGUUAUGAAUCAGCUGUGAGGGAUAACCUGUGCGUUUGUACGAUCAUUUGUCAACCUGAAUUCAAACCAAGUCCAUGUUUGUUUCUGCAUAUUUUUUUUUUUGUUUUUUACUUUUAGAGUUUCUUCUUCUGUUGUAUAUUACAUAGACUGAAAAACUACUAAAGUAUAAGGUGGAAAGGCUUUUUUAGAGCUUCAAAACACCAAAGAGAUAAAAGAAAGGAAGAAAGUCAAUACUUAGUUGCAAUAAUUCAUUGUUUUCUACAGCUAUAUAUUGAAUUGUACUUAUUAACCAUUCAUAGGAAUAAAGUUUACACUCUGACACAA